CACAAACAAACAAACAAAAAGAGCGAGAGAGAGAGAUGGGGAAGGUGAGUUGGCUUCUUAAAUUUCUGAACCAUGCCAACAAUCAAGAAAGUGUGGAGAAUCUUGACAAAAACGGUGUCGUAAAGGCCUCAAGCAGUGGUUUUAAGAUGCCGUUGCAUUACCCAAGAUACACAAAGGAGGAUUACGAGGAGAUGGAAGAGUGGAGAUUGGAUUUGCUUCUUUCAGACUAUGGACUUCUUGCUUUCCAUGACAAUACUCUCCAUGAGAAGCGAGCUUUUGCGAUCGACACUUUUCUAUGGCCUCAUCACCCAUAAUUUCAUCUCCUUCAUUUAUCUUCUUUAUAUUUCUUAUGAAUAACGGAGAUUGUAGAGAUACAAGAUUGGAAGAGAUGAACGAAACCGGGAUACCAAUCUACCGAAGAUAUAUAUCAUAAGAAGAUUUUAAUGUAUCUCUAGUUAUUUGAUUUCAUAUUCUCUUUAGUUUUCAUUAGAUCUAUCUAUGUUGUCUAUAUAAGUUUGGCUUUGGAUUUUGCAUAUAUGAAUCUUCAAUUCAAUAAAAUGUAGUUUUACCG